GGGAUACUCAGUAUAAAACCCUCAGUCUGAGAAAACGCCUCUGCAAACAUACCCUGUCUCUCCUCUAUAUCUGCUUCUCUCUCUCUGUCUCUGUCUCUCUCUGUCUCUCUCUCUCUUUCUCUCUCUCGUACGCGCUGUCCUUCACUCCCAUGCGCACACUCGCUCACUUCAUCCUCUUUACCUCUUUGCCGCCUCUGCCAUCCCUCAUUCUCUUCAUUACCUAGUGCAACUCUGUCCACUAGACAAUGGGAUCGACUUUUUGGGAGCGCGUGUGAGCGCGUUCGCAUGUAUGCGCGUGCAUGUGUGAGAGUUGUAUGCGUGUGAGUGAGAUUGAGCGGAUGUGGGAUCUGUAUGAAAGCUCUUUCCAGCCUGCCCAACGGAUCCAGUGAGCCAGCUUAGCAAACCAGGCGUGCACGGAGCUAGGAAAGCGAGUGAGAGAGUGUGCAUGUGGGUCUCUUUCACCCUCACACGCUCCUCUACACGUUUGGGAUCCUAGGGCUUGGCGCCUUACCCCCGGGACCCCCCUGCACCCCUCUGUCUCUUUCUCUCUCUCUCUGCGGUCUUCUCUACUCCAGCAGUCACCAUUUCGGCUCCCGGCAGACCCACGCUGGCUGCCCAGCCACUCCCGCGCCUCAGCCUGGGCAGGAAGACCCUGGUGGCGGCUGCUGUAGGGGUCAUGCUGGUGCUGGUGCUUGUGGUGCUCAUCCCUGUGCUGGUCAGCUCCGUGAGCAAUGACAACAGCCACUACGAGAUGCUGGGCACCUGUCGAAUGGUGUGCGACCCGUACCAGAACAAGGGCACCACCACAGGCAUCACCAGCACUGGCUCUUCUGUGCAGGCCGAGGCCGAGGCUCUGGCCGACCACAGCAACAUGCCUCCACCCUCCACGCUCCUCCAGGGGCCACAGGGGAAGCCGGGCCGGCCAGGCAAACCCGGACCUCCGGGGCCACCAGGGGAGCCAGGGCCCCCGGGUCCGAUGGGGCCCCCGGGGAACCGGGAGGACAGGGGCCGAAACGGGGUCCUGAGUCUGGGAAAUGAUGGAGCUAUCAGCACGGUUACAUACAACACGCACCCACGGGUGGCUUUCUACGCGGGACUGAAGAACCCGCACGAGGGCUAUGAGAUCCUCAAGUUCGACGACGUGGUCACCAACCUCGGCAACAACUAUGAUGGCACUUCGGGCAAGUUCAUCUGCACCGUACCGGGCACAUAUUUCUUCAUCUACCACGUCCUGAUGAGGGGAGGUGACGGAACCAGCAUGUGGGCUGACCUGUGCAAGAACGGACAGGUGCGAGCCAGCGCGAUCGCUCAGGAUGCUGAUCAGAACUAUGACUACGCCUCGAACAGUGUGAUUCUGCAUCUAGACGCUGGCGAUGAAGUCUACAUCAAACUGGAUGGUGGCAAAGCCCACGGGGGCAACAACAACAAAUACAGCACCUUCUCUGGCUUCAUUCUUUACGCCGACUGAAUAUGUGAGCGUAAGAGAGAAGGAGUGGGAAAGAAAGAGAUGUAGCGAAAGGAAAAGGGAAGCGAAGGAAGGAGCAUUCAUCAUCCAAACGCUUUAUUUUCGGAUCUCUCCAUUGCUUCAGCACACAUUUUCACAGAAAGAGACUCAAUGGAACGAGGGUUCAGUAGCUUUUCUCUGAAUCACCUUAUUGAUUGAUAAAAGACAAGGAAAUAAAGUGAUAAAAGUGACGUUUUUUUCUUUUGGUGUUGAAAGGGCAUCUUUGCCUUUCUUGUUAUAAGACUCCAAGAGUGACUGGCUGAGAUCUUUAAACUCAUCAUCAUGUGCUUCUCUUCAAUGAAACUUUCUUUACCCACAGAUAUCUAAUGUUAAAAAUAUCCCUGGCACCCUGUGGAAAAAGUAUUCAUAGAAUUGUAACGCUCGUGUCCAAUUCGAUUUCUCCUUACCUCUACAUUGGUCACAGCACCCCCUGUUGGCUACUGUUGGUAACUGAUUUCCAUCUGCAUUCUUUCCGUAUGUGUUGUACUCUGUUGGGACUGCAGUAGCUGAUGAGCAUUGUGAAUGAAUGUUAUUCCUUAAAAGCACAUGAUACUCAGUUUAAACAAUUGCUACCGCCUCUUCCCAUGACUCCUUUCCUCCCCUGUCAAUUAGCACUCGACCCUAAACUCCCUCCUCUCAGCCACCUCCUGCCCUUCUGCGCUCCUGAGGAAACUACAGAUGACUUUGUAAUAGCCUAUUCUCUUUCUUAUGAACAUGAGUAACAGUAAAUGAUGACUUAAAGGACUCUUAUAUUUUAGUAUUAGUUAACUUACUGUAGAAUGAACGGAGAGCACAAAAACAAAACCAGAUGGAUAUUUUUCUGAAGCUAAAUUUUAAAAAGUUAAAACAAAAUAGCAUUUGGCAAAUAUUAGGUGGUAUUUUGCAUUAUGAAAAACACAAAAUCUACAAUAAUACUACUUGAAGCAAUUUUUCCUUUUUGCUUGAGUUGUCAUUAUAACCUGGACAUUUCGGUGAAAUACAGAAGUCAGAAGUGUUUGUUAAAAAAAAAGUAUUGAUUUUCAAGGGGGGUGAGGGAGAGUUGAGGUGCUGUUGAGGGGCUUCACUUGUAACUCAAUCAUUCAUGCUAACAAAUGCGGUGAGAACAUUUAUUUUUAUUUAUUUUAUUCUGACGGGAUGAAUGAACGUGUGCAAAUGAGGUUUGUUUGUAAGCGUGCAUGUGCGUUUGUGAGUGUGAGUAUGUGUGUGUGUGUGUGUAUCAGUACCAACACCAGAGCAUGAACUAUAUUUUGUCUUUGCCACAUUAUUGGUUUGAGAAAUGUUCUAUGCUUUAGCCAGUCAAAGAUGUGAUAUAGAGCUAAUGAGAUUACAUCAGACACGUUUAGCUAAGCCUCUACAGAGAAGAUAUAAAAGAAACAAUAAAGCUGUAAAUUAAAUAAAUCUAUGCUAUGUUUGUCAGUCCUACUCUAUCUUUUGGAAAUGUUGAAUAAAUUUAAAUAACAAAUGGUA